AUGUCUUCGAAGGCAUCUGCCAUGGGAGCCAACGAGACAUUGCACAACAAGGCUGUUGAGUCAAUAUUAAAUCAACGUUCAGAUUCCACUGCACAUCUCGCGCCACUUCAAACCUCAUUCGGUAAAGCCAACCAAAGGGUCUUUGAGCGAAGAGAAUCUCUUUUGACUCGACAGAUUCAGUCCGAGAAUGAGUUGACCGACGAAGAACUAAUCGAGGACCGCCCUCGCGCACUCAGUACACAGUCGACCUAUAGCAUGGCGUCGACUGCUGAGCUGACUAGUGAUGAUGGGCAAAGCGUACCUAGCCCGACUUUGAGUCCGCCAUUGCCACCUGCAAUGAUCUCCUCGGACCUUACGUCUAUCACCAAGCUCCCUCUUCCGGAACCGAAGAUCGUCGCAAACGACGACCGUGCUGUCCACAAACCACUGGAGCCUAUCUCCGAAAAGUCUCUCGAGGCUAACUUGGGCCGGAAGCGUUGCAUCAGCUUCGCCUGUGGCGGCGGUAAAGGACCUCAGCCACCGACUUCACAUCCCCGAGUGCCACCGCCACAACCACAGGCCGCUGAAACAUCAACCAGUCCGCCAAAACGGAAAUGCUCAUUAAAGUUUGUCUGCCCGACCCGGAGCUCCUCGACCAUGAAAGCGACUGAUCGGCCGACGACUCCCGUCCGUCGGGUGACCAGCCCUCCGGCCCGACGCGUGAUGAGCCCUCCUCCACCAGCAAGGAGAAACAACUCAAGCAUACGAUCGCCGACCAAGGUCCACCGUGAUUCCGACAGCACUCUUCGACAUGCCUCACCAAAGGCAUCCCGCCAAAGCCCGUCCAUUGUGACCACUGCUGCAACACCCACACCACCCCGCACAAACAGGAAAUUCUCCGACGAUGUAGGCGAGUCAGGAGAAGCAACUCGAUUCCACGUCUUCGGAUCGAGCGAAGACGAACAGGAAGACUGGUGCCAGGAGUCGACUGCAUACCGCAGUCGCCUUACCAUGAGCGAGGUGCUCAAGAAGGAAAACCUUCUCCGAAAGGCAUGCGAGGAAGUCGAGGAAGAAGCUGUGGAGGAGGAUGAAGACGAAGAAGCACAAUUGGACGAUGACGAAGCAGCGGACGAAGACGACGUGGAGGACGAUGAAGAUGAUCUGGGACUUGGGGACGAGGAUGAUUCGGAUGAUGGCUUCGACACGGACGACGAAGGUGGCUUUGCGGAAGACUCCGAUUCUGAUGGAGAGGACAGUGACGCUGACUGGUGGACGCCUGGAGGACUUUCAACUGCCGCCACUUCUGUUGAACACAUGGAACGUCUGUUCUCGCAAAUACCUGCUGCCGAUCUCAUCGAUGCCUCAUCCGUGGGUUCUGGUGCUUCCAGUGACGUCGCACCCGACCAACCCAGACAAUCUCGCCGCAAACGAGACCUCAAUUCUGUUGCGAUUCCGCGCGACCCUGACGCUUCCGACCUUCCCGACUCAACUGACUUCGUGUGCGGCACACUUGACGAAGACCGACCUGUCGAGCAGGCUUUCCUUGAGAGCAUGAAGCAGCGCGAAGCGGCCAAGCGCAUCACUCGACCUCAAGACAUUGAUCCGAGCUUCCCAACUUCUGAUCCCGAGAUGGACGAGGAAGACGAUGAAGACCUUAUCGAGUCCAAGGAGAGCCCGGACGAAUUCAUGCAUGGACGACUGGAGGAGCUAGAAUCCGAUGUCGCUCAGCCUCGACGAGCAUCACCUCGUCCGAGGGCCAAGAAUGCUCAACGAUCCCGCUCACCUGCACUUACCAAACUGACCGCCAGAGCUCGGUCACCAGCGCCUCUCGCCCGAGCGCUCCCCACCCGAAAGAACACACGGUCGCCACCACCUCCUAUCAGCCGUGCACGAUCACCUGCGCCUACCAAGAUCCGCAUCACCAGUCGCUCUCCACCGCCUCCAACCCGCCGCUCCAUUGCUCGAUCGCCGCCACCUCCCAAGAAGGCCAUGGGCCAUUCGCCAAAGCGAGCCCGGUCGCCUGCUCCAGUAUCGAUGCUAUCAUCGGCGGUCGGCACUGCGGUUGGCUCGCCUACCAGCCGUACCUCGUCCAUCAGCUUCGCCAUGCCCGGUGCUUUUGGGAGUCUUGUGCCGACGCUCUCCCAAGUCGCUUCCUCACUUCCACGAGGAGGCGAAUUUGUCCUGAGUCGCCUCAACUCUUUCAACAUCAGCGAAGACGAUGAGCCAGAAACUCCCUCUGCCGAGACAGAAUCCGCCGCCAAUAAAGACUUGCCAAAGCGUGGCGCUAUUGACAUCGUCAAGGGCCUUGAAAAGAAGCGCCAACGCCGGCGCGAGAAGAUGCUCCAGAAAGCCGCCGCCAAAGCCGCCACUAAGGGUGAAAAGGCCUACAAGGUCAAGCCCGGCAAGGGCGCCGAACGAAUGCGUGAAGUUGGUCUCGAACUACAACGCUACCGCGGAAAAGGAGAGCACAUCAUCUCUAUGUGA